AUGAUUGCGACCAACGUGGUCUCCCUCGUGAAGAAGAUUGUGAAGACGGGCGAUGGAGAAGUCGCAAGCGGAGGCGACAGCCGUGGAGGGGCCCUGUCGAAGCUCAAACAGAGCGUCGCCUCCGGCAUUCAGGGUCUGUCGUCGCCAUCCAAGACACCGCCGACAACACCAACGAAGCUCUUCAACAGAGACCUCACCGGACACCUCACCGAGGAAGAGCGCCGCAUCCUCGAGAAAGUUUUUGAGAAGGAGCAGGCUUUUGAAUUGAUGCAAAGGGCGUCCGGGGGAGGCCAAAGCUCGGGCUUGUUCCAGCAGCAACAACAUCAACAGCUGCAGGGCACCGCGAGUGCUGAAUCGAGCGGCGGUGUGAACCCACUGUUGCCGGCACCCAAAGGCAAAGCUUCGGGAGGCGAAUGUCGAAUUUGCCGGAAGGUGCUUGCCAACGACGAACCUCGGAAAAUAUGUGAUGAGUGCAAGAGUCCGAUUUGUGAGGACUGCGCAUCGUAUACCUCUGAUAGCUCUACGAUAUGGCGCUGUAGUUUAUGCCGACGGCGAUGUACUAGCGUUGGACUCGGCAUGGAAGCUUCUACAGGUGCCGGAAUUCACAGGGUACCUUCUGUCAGGAGGAUGGAACAUGGAUCUCAGCGGAGUUUGCUAACCGAUCUGGUUAGCCACACGACCGGUGGAGGUACUCGAGCCAGCUUUAUGCUACCCGAUUCCUACAGAGAAGCUCUCAUUAUGGAGCUUGAGCAGCAGCGACAACGCGAGGAGAGCAAACAGGACGACGAUACUCCAGGGAAAUGCGAAAAUCCAAACAGCCUCAGUACUUCAGCCUUAGGGAAGCCCCUGAAACGAGGAUCCUAUGCAGAGGCUCUCCGACCGUCCGCCGCAACAGUAGUCGUCUCCAGCAUCGAGAUAGUACAGGAGAUCGUGACACGGGCAGCAGGAGAUCAUCAUCGGAAUCGACGGGAGCUCACGGCCAUCACGGCCCUCAUCGGAGUCCACGACACUCCGUCUCGAAGCAGCCUGUGUCAGGCCACUCAGAUCACCACGUGCCUUCUUAUCACCAGCAGUACCCUCCGGGCCAACAGACCAACGAAUCAUUUUCGGAUGGGAGUGGAGACGAAGAGGAACGAGGAAGAGGAAGGGGAGGCCAGCGAUCCAGAAUGGCAAGGACACCCCGACGAAUACAACCAGAGAUACGACCAGGGUAAACCCACGGAGCGACGCGCUUCUGCACCCGAAGGUGAAAAUAUUCGCAUCGUUAUAGACGAUGUGGAUUCCGGCCUUCAGGCAGGCGAAGUUCAGGAACCGCGGCAAAGGAGACUCAUUCUGCAAAGGGACAAGAGCGACACAUCUUGUCGAACGCGUGGUUUCGGAAUGCGUCUCAUGGGCGGAAAGAGAGGUCCCGACGGAAGGCUGUACGCCGUCGUCUCCUGGGUUUUGCUCGGAUCUUCAGCCGAUAUCGCAGGACUGCAAAAAGGCGCCAUCGUUCUCGAGUGGAAUGGGCAGAGUCUGGUGGACAAACCAUUCGAGGAAGUCUCUGAUAUUUUGGAUCGAAGUGGCGACGUCGUCGAGAUUCUCGUCGAAACCGGGCGGAGAUUGUCGCCCGUAUCACCGAACGCAUCUAAUCCAAUGCUCAAAGCAGACUCCGAAGACAACGAUAUGGAUGGUCAGCUGGAUCAGCCGCGCGCUCCGCCGAUUCGAAGAAACAGUGGAAGGAUGCUGCCCAGAUUACCGGGAGACCUCGCGUCCGGGAGUGGCGCUCUGGGCAGCAUGGACGAAGGGGAGAUGUGCAUUCAACUGUUCUACGACGAGGAGCGAUCCGACCUGGUCGUGCGGGUGUUGUCAGUACGCGGCCUAGCGCCCCGCAAGCAACCCGGCCGACAGGAUGCGGUCACCGCACUGCACCGAGCGUACGUCAAGCUACGCCUCAGCCCCGACGGGGGCUUCACUCCAAUGAAAACUCCGGUCAGCGAACCGGCAGUGAAUCCAGAAUGGAACAAGUCGUUUGUGUUUCCGUCUCUACAGCCGGAAGAACUCAACGAAGCUUCACUCAAACUCUCCGUAUGGGAACACCAACCGACGCUGGGUAAUCAGCCGUCGGCACUCUUCCUCGGAGACGUCGUGAUUCCCCUGCGGAAAGUUCUCACAGAUCCAGACACCGUAUCCGGCUCGCAUUGGUACCGGUUACGUUGCGAACGCGACACAUUGCAGCCACCUAUAUAG